AUGCCCGCAGCCACCACCUCCGGCGCCGAUGCGAAGACUAACGGGUCCGCUCCUCGCUCGCGCGAACACAAACAGGGAAACCAAGAAAAAGAAGUAAAAGAAGAACAUAGACGCGAGGUCAUGCGGAUACGGAAAUGCCACCCUCUCGCCUUCUACGACAUUUUGAACCUCGAGUCUGUCAAGACGACAUGCACAGAAACCGAUAUCAAAAAAGCCUACCGCAAGGUCAGUCUGCUGACGCAUCCGGAUAAAAAUGGGCAUGAGCAUGCGGAUGAGUGCUUUAAGAUGGUGAGCAGGGCGUUUGGGAUCCUUGGGGAUAAGGAGAAGAGGGCGAAAUUUGAUAGGCAUGGGGGCGAUCCGGACAGUCGAUUCGGAGGGGGAGCGCAGCCACAGAGUAAUCCCUUCUCUGGGUUUUCGAGGGGCACACCGAGACAGAAUGCCGGGGGUGGGGGUGGGGGGAUGUGGGAGGAGGAAAUUAGUCCCGAAGAGAUGUUUAGGAGGUUCUUUGGUGGAGGCGGGUUGGGAGGUGGAUUUGGGCCUUUUGGCGGAGGAGGUUUUGACAAUGGGCCAGGAUUCGUUUUCAAUAUGGGAGGGGGCCCAGGAGUCAGAAUCCAUCAGUUUGGAGGAGCGAGACCUAGGAGAAGACCAAGAGAUCCAAAUGCGCCCCCGGAGCAAGCUGCCUCGCUACAGUCCACUCUUAUAGGACUGUUGCCACUACUUUUCGUUUUGGUCCUCCCGAUACUGUCAUCUCUAUUCUCUGGAGACGGAUCUGCCGCCUCAGGACCAUCAAUGCGAUUCGAUAAUGCAGUACCACCGCACACGCUGCAUCGGCAUACGUCUCGAUUCAAGGUUGACUACUUUAUAAAUCCCAACGACGUCGAAAACUUCACUCCAUCCCAGUUUAGGCAGCUCGACUCGAAAGCAGAGACCAGUUUCAUCUCACGCCUUAGUGUCGAGUGCCAGCAAGAAGAACAUGCUAGGCAGGAACUCGUCAACCAAGCGCAAGGUUGGUUUUACCAGGAUGGGGAAAAGAUGGCGCAAGCGAGAACGAUGCCGAUGAAGAGCUGUAAGAAGUUAGAUAGUAUGGGGUUGAGCAGGCAGCAGUAG